GGCCUGAUGGGGCCGCAGAACUGCGUUAACGCAGAGCGCGUGAGUGGUUCGGGGGAAGUGUGGGAACACAAAACACAAACGUACAUAACACAGACGUACACACACACAAGUCCCAUCAGCACAGGAUGAUCCAUACAGGAAUGCACAUACGCAGGACACAAAACACCGCGUUAAAACGUAGAACGAGCCAAUAUGAGUCCGGAAAGCGGUUUGGAGCUUCAGCGCAAACGCAGUGACGUCACUGCCAUCGAGAUCUCAAGUGAGAGGAGAAAUCAGCAGCAGGAGAAAUAAACAGUGAACAUCAUCCGAAAUCAUUCGAAUUCAAACCGGAGAGCCGUCCACGCAUCUCCCGUGGGAAACGCAGUGCUAAGAUGGCCACCUCCUCCCCCAGUCUUGAAGAAGAUGAGAGUCUGAGGGGCUGUGAAGUUUUUGUGCAGAAACACAACAUCCAACAGAUUCUCAAAGAGUGCAUUGUUAAUUUGUGCAUCGCCAAACCCGAGCGUCCUAUGAAGUUCCUCCGGGAACACUUUGAAAAGCUGGAGAAGGAAGAAAGCAAGCAAAUCCUGGCAAGUCAGAAGUCGAACUCUCAAUCAGAUUCGCAUGAUGAAGAAGUUUCUCCUCCCCCUCCAAACCCUGUGGUGAAGGCUCGACGCAGGAGGGGGGGGGUCAGCGCAGAAGUCUACACAGAGGAGGAUGCAGUCAGCUAUGUCAGAAAGGUAAUCCCAAAAGAUUACAAGACAAUGACAGCCUUGGCUAAGGCUAUUUCUAAGAAUGUGCUUUUCGUCCAUUUGGAUGACAAUGAGAGGAGUGACAUAUUUGAUGCCAUGUUCCCUGUCACACACAUUGCUGGAGAAACAGUCAUUCAGCAAGGUGACGAAGGGGACAACUUUUAUGUAAUUGACCAAGGAGAAGUUGAUGUAUAUGUCAAUGGUGAGUGGGUGACUAGUAUUGGAGAGGGUGGAAGUUUUGGUGAGCUGGCUCUGAUCUAUGGAACUCCACGUGCUGCCACCGUUAAAGCCAAGACUGAUCUCAAGCUUUGGGGUAUAGACCGUGACAGCUACCGGCGCAUCCUUAUGGGCAGUACACUGAGAAAGAGGAAGAUGUAUGAAGAGUUCCUGAGUAAGGUGUCAAUUCUUGAAUCUCUGGAGAAGUGGGAAAGGCUGACAGUGGCUGAUGCUUUGGAGCCUGUACAGUUUGAAGAUGGUGAGAAAAUUGUAGUGCAAGGAGAACCAGGAGAUGACUUCUUCAUCAUCACAGAGGGCACAGCAUCUGUCCUGCAGCGCAGAUCUGACAAUGAGGAGUAUGUUGAGGUUGGCCGGCUUGGACCCUCUGACUACUUUGGUGAAAUAGCACUGCUCCUGAACAGGCCACGUGCAGCCACCGUGGUUGCCCGAGGUCCGUUGAAGUGUGUAAAGCUGGAUAGACCACGCUUUGAGCGUGUUCUAGGGCCCUGCUCCGAAAUCUUGAAGAGAAACAUCCAGAGAUACAACAGCUUCAUCUCUCUUACUGUCUGAGCCAACACACCCAUGGCCUCCAGACUUGGUUACAUAAAAUACUUCAGGAUAAUUUAAUUUACAUUUAUUUAAAAGGUUUUAACUUGUUUCUCUGUGAAUCAUUUAUGUAACCAGGCUUCUUUUAUCUUUUUCUUUUUCUAACUAUAUGUUUUGUGUGCCAAAAAUGAGCCAUGAAUAAUGGAGUGCAAGCUGUAUCUGUUUUACUGCUUUUUUUUUUUGUACUUGUGACAUCAUGUGGUCUUAUUUAUUAAAAAUAAAUCCUGAAGGGUGUCUGCCAAAUGCCAUAAUUGUAAAUGAAGAGGUGGAUCGGAGAGGAUGUGUACAUUAUGUACAGUUGCAUGUAAGUCUGUGUGACGUGUGAAAAGAGCAAGUCUGAGACUGGUAUGUGGUUAAAUUGUAUAUUGACAUUUUAUUCGGAUUUUAAUUCGUACGCCAUAUGGUAUGUAAUUUUGUGUGUGUUUCUGAAGACAAAUCUGAACCGUUCAGUUCUAGUAUUUUUAUUGUAUAUUUGCAUACAAUCAGGGGAUCAAAGUAUAAAUCUUGGAAACUUCACUACUGUGAAUCUCCAGUUGAUAGAAAUAUAAGCAGUAAGUUUUGUGACCUAUUAGACCUAAGACCUAUUUUAUUUUUUAUUCUGGAGUGUUUGCUUGCUCUUUACUGAUGUUUCAUGAAAGCUUACUUGUUUGAUGUUUGUUGUACAAUACCAUUAUUUGUUUCAGGUAAAGAGUGAUUUUAUAGAUUCAAUACAGAAAAAGCAAAUGCAGACAUACAGACAAUCCAUUUGUCUAUUUACUCAAUAUAUUCUCUCAGUUUAUUCACAAGAUUAAGUAAAAUACGCAGAAAAAUAAAGUAAAAAGUGUAUUACAAGUCUUUAACCUUUUAUUCUUUACUGCAUUUCACCUAAUAAACAGUAUGGCAAAGUAAUAAA